UCGGUGUACCACCAGGAGGAAGGUCGUCAUCGUCACCGUGAGAGAGAGAAAUUUUAGAGAGAGAAAUCGCCGGCGUUCUCUCGGGAUUCCCGCCGGGAAAUUAGUUUAAAGUUCUGGCGCUGGUUUUUGACCGGAAGUGCUUCAUCUUCUAGAAAUGGCAGGGAAUAAAGACUGAAAGCCUUGCUGUUCCUUCGAAACGUCGCUGGCUUUCUUCUGUGGACGCCAUUGUUGAGUUUCUUAUUACUGGCUAGGAGAUUGAAUGGAUGAUUGUUUGUGCUUGUGAUUGGAAUUCAAUUUGCGUAGCUGUGUGAAGUGGUGAUUUAGGUUUUUUAUUUCCUGUUUUGAGCAUUAUCGUCCUAGUGUUUGCGGUGAAAUGGGUGAUACUGAAGAUGCUCGUACUGAUAACUUACGAAAUCUUCAAUGUUCGUUUGGAACAUCUUCCUCUUCUGCUUUAAAGCAUCAUUUCUCUAUGGAUCAACUGAAAAUUUCUCAAAUGAACUGCUCACAAAGCCGUCCACAGCAUUUUCAGUCGAAUUUUCUUGGAGAUAAUAAUAGAAGAAUUGGGAUACCUCCUUGUCCCAACUCACCGCAGAUCCCACCAAUCUCACCGUAUUCUCAGAUCCCGGUAUCGCGUCCGAUGAACCAGCAGAGCUAUAACUCAGUUCCUACUCAUUCUCGAUCGUUAUCUCAGCCUUCUUUUUUCUCUCUCGAUUCCUUGCCCCCUUUAAGUCCGUCUCCAUUUCGUGACUCCCCAUCUACAUCGAAUUCAGAUCAGGUUUCUGCUGACACAUCAAUGGAGGAUAGGGAUGCCAGUUCACAUUCUUUGUUGCCUCCUUCACCUUAUACGAGGGCCAAUUCUUCGAAGAUGGGUGAUGCUUUACCUCCUCGUAAAGCUCAUAGGCGGUCUAACAGUGAUAUUCCAUUUGGAUUAUCUUCGAUGAUUCAGUCAUCUCCUCUUCUUCCUUUUAGUGGCUCAAGUGGAUUGGAGCGAUCAACAAGUAGUAAAGAGAAUGCUAGCAUAUUUAAGCCGGCCAGUCAGUUUGUUAAAAGAGAACAUAGUUUGGAGAAAAGCAUUGACAACAAUUUGGAAGGAAUGGGUGAAAAGAAGUCCGAAGGGGACACUGUGGAUGAUUUGUUCACUGCUUAUAUGAAUCUGGAUAAUAUUGAUUUGUUCAACUCCUCUGGGAUGAACGACAAGAAUGGUCAUGAGAAUCGGGAGGAUUUGGAUAGUAGAGGCAGUGGAACAAAGACAGGGGGUGAGAGCAGUGAUAAUGAAGCAGAAAGCAGUGUGAACGAAAGUGGGGAUAACUCUCAAAUGCCUGGAUUGGAUUCGUCUGCUGAGAAGAGGGAAGGGAUUAAACGGACUGCAGGGGGAGAUAUUGCUCCUAAUAACAGACAUUACCGGAGUGUCUCCAUGGAUAGUUUCAUGGGGAAGUUGCAGUUUGGUGAAGAGUCACCCAAAAUGCCUCCUACACCGCCUGGCAUUCGUCCAGGGCAACUUUCUUCGAACAACUUAGUUGAUGGUAAUUCAACUCCAUUCAGCUUGGAGUUUGGUAAUGGUGAGUUCAGUGGGGCUGAACUGAAGAAAAUUAUGGCAAAUGACAAACUUGCCGAGAUUGCACUAACUGAUCCCAAGCGUGCAAAGAGGAUCUUGGCAAACCGUCAAUCUGCUGCUCGAUCAAAAGAACGAAAAAUGCGGUAUAUAUCUGAAUUGGAACACAAGGUUCAGACGCUUCAGACAGAAGCUACCACGCUGUCUGCCCAACUCACACUUCUGCAGCGUGACUCAGUUGGACUUACAAACCAGAAUAAUGAGCUGAAGUUCCGUCUCCAAGCCAUGGAACAGCAAGCACAACUUCGAGAUGCUCUAAAUGAAGCGUUAACUGCGGAGGUUCAGAGAUUGAAGCUCGCUACAACCGAUAUAAAUGCGCAAUCUCAUCCCUCGAACGGGGUAAUGGCUCAAUCUUCUAUGAACCACCAUGGACUCCAGCUUCAGCUUCAGCAGCAGCAGCAGCAGCACCACCACCACCACCACCAACAACAACAACAGCAACAAAUGCAGCAGAAUGGCAGUGCAACCACAAAACCAGAGUCCAACCAAUAAUUUAUUUUUUGUGGAAGAUAUAGAUGAGUUUCAUUGUCUCUUUGAUCAUCUUGUUUCAUUUAUAGAAAUAUUCAUUAUUGUAAGCUAGCUUAUUAUUAUUAUUAUUAUUAUUAUUAUUUGCAUUUGCAUUUGUCAAAUAUCCACCCCAACACAGUCUUUUCCAAAGUUGUGUAAAUCACACACUUUAUAAUUUUUUAUAUGCUUUGUUUUCAAUUGUUUAGAGAGUCUAGGCAAAUAUUGUUACCAAAAAGAGAAGUGUACUUGAUAAUAUAUUACUUUAUAUGAUAUUUUGGAAUGGGAAUUCCCUUUCUUUCCUUCAGUCAA